CUGGAUAAUAGUUGAGCAAUGAAACUAAAAAAUGUUACAAAGCAGAACACAUUAACAGAUAAUAGUAUGGAAUAGAUUGAUUUCUUUAACCAUCAUUGGAAAUACAAACUCCUUGGAUUGUACUAUUUAAGAACGAAAGAUGUCAAAUUCAAAGUUUAAAUUAACUGGGGAAAACACAAACCUGGCUCGUGUGGCCCAGAUGAUAUUGGGUCCAUGCACUAACGUACUACGUGAUGUUCUUAGGAAGGAAAUUGCUCCCUCCAAUUUGGAAACGAAAGUCAGAGCUUAUAUUGCUAAAACAAAAAAACCACUGAUCAACCAACACCAAGAGACACUCGUCUACAGUAAAGAUUACUUAAAAUUCGAUGUUACGUUACUGUACUUUUUAUUACGGAAUAUGUGCUCGAUCCAACCGCAUUCAAACACUUGGGGAAACAACCCAAAUCCCGGAGAUAGAAGUGUGUCAGGAAACAUCGAACGGAUUCGUCUGAUAAGAAAUGAAUAUGGACACAAUACGGAAAGAUCUAUCUCCGAUACAGACUUUAAAAAAAAAUACAAAUACAUUAAGGGCAUUGUUAAUGAGUUGGAGAACUACUUAGGUAGCUCUACUAAAUACCAGGACGAAGUAAAGGAACUGAAAACGUGUACCAUGGAUCCGACACAAAGCGAAAAAAAUAUCAAAGAGCUUCUUGACCUCCAUGAAAAAAUCAAAGAUAUUUCAGGGGAUGUCGAAGAAAUGAAGAAGACAGUUCUUCCUUGGAAUAUAAAAGAUAUAUAUGAAAAGGACGUCCUUAAAUGGAAAGAAGAUGACAGUUUUUUUGUUGAAACUCACAACUUCCAAGCGAUGCUAAACAAAGUUAGACAGCAGCCGUUCGUGACGUUUGUUGGUGUCCCAGGCUCAGGAAAAACGGCUACAGCCCGUCAUAUCGCCCUUCUACUGCAAGAGAGAGAUGGGUAUGAAAUAUUACCAACCAAAGACAUAAAUAACAUUGAAAUGUAUUGUGACCCUCGCAAUCCACAAGUGUUUGUUAUUGAUGAUGUCCUAGGUGUGUUUGGGUUUCACAUGAAGGAACUUGAAAAGCUCACUAUGUAUAACUAUAGAUUAAAUGAACCUACAAUGCCAGCCACCAAGGUUCUUAUGACAUGCCGGGAGGUAGUUUUCAAACAUGAAGGUUUCUCAGGAUCCAUUUUGUCAAAUAAAAAACACUUAGUUCAGUUACACAGUGAAGAGAAUGCUUUAAAUGAUCAAGAUAAAUAUGAUUUAUUUGCAAAAUACAACUUAGAUAAAGAUUUGUUAUCAGCACACACUUUGUCAAAAAUAUCGAAAAGUUUUCCAUAUCUAUGCAAGUUGUUUUCAAGAAAGGAAGAGUUAGGACAUUAUGGGCCACAGUUUUUUAUUUCACCAGUUCCAUGUAUAAUGGAACUUCUGGACAUCAUGAAAAUAAGAAGCAAGGUUCAUUAUGCUUCAUUAGUUUUAUUAAUGACCAAUCAAAAUUCAUUGUCAGAAAAAACAAUUAACAACGAAAACACGACAUAUUUUCAUGAAAUGAAGUUCCAGGUUUUAAAAAGAUGCAAAGUUGACCCUACGACUUUUAUUUUUUAUUUUAUUGAUGCAUUGACUGAAAUGGAAGGAACUUACACUGAGCAUAGUCAAAGUGAGUUUAAAUUUAUUCACGAUUCCAUGCUUGAAAUAAUUGCCUAUCAUUUUGGUCGUCACUUUCCAGAGCUAAUUUUGCAAUAUAUGGAUAGUGAUUACAUUGCUAAUUAUAUCAAACUAGACAUAUACAAAUGUAGGAAACGUAAAAGAGAAGAAGACAACUUCGAACAAACAGUCGAUGCGAAGGAAGACAGUGAAACAGUUGCCGACGAAGAAUAUGUGCAUGAUUUGUGUAUAAAACUACAGGAGUCCCAUUACCAUUUACUUGCUGAUCGUUUGUUUGAAGAUAUACAUAAAGGCGAGUUGUUUAAUGUUUUUGAAAACGAAGCACUAAAAAAUCCCUUGGUGCUUCAGAAGUUUUUGGAUGUGAUGAAAAGUAAGCCUUAUUCAGAGUUGUUCACCGUAUUUCUGUCACCAUUAAAAAGAGAAAAACUAGGAAAAAAAUCUAAACAGAAAUUGUUCUAUAGCAAGUUCUUUAAUCUGCUCAUGAAUUCAAAAUGGAUUGACGAAUAUUGUGGCUAUUGCACAUAUGUUCGUGCCAUUGACUGGGUUAUAUUCUAUGGACACAAUCAAAUUUUACACUUUAUCAUAGAUCAGAUAAAAGAAAACACAAACACAGUCAAUGACCUAUUUCAAACUCCGUUCAACAUUCAAUCGGACGACAUUGGUACUACAGAGCAGGGUACAGAUUGUAAUGAAAGAAAUGAAUCAGAUAUCAAUGAAAACUGUGCAGGGAGAUGUGAUGUGUCAGAAGAUGACUCAUGGUCUGAUUUGUGCUCUGAAAAAAGCGAUCAAUUUCUUGGUAUCGAGCCAGUCUCUAUUGAGAAGCGCCGCCUACUUAAUCUUAGUUGUUAUAGUGGUGACCUUCUGACUUUCCAAACUUUACUUCCAUAUCGUGAUAACGAUAUCCCUUUUCCUGAAUCAAGGUGUUUGAUAUACACCAGCGAAUAUUUUAAUGAUGAUGAUGAUGAUAAUGAUGAUGAUUGGAAUAUUUUUGAUCCACCAAUUGUUGUUGCAAGCAAAACUGGACACUUGAAUAUACUUCUUGAGCUGUUAAAUCUUGGUGCAGAUGCAAAUGACAAGAGUUUUUGUGAUGAAUCAAUGGUUGCUGCAUGUACAAGAGGACAUUUAAAUGUAGUUCUUGAAUUGUUAAAACAUGGGGUAGAUAUCAAUAUCACAGUUUCUGACAAUUCACCUCUUAUUGCUGCAUGUACAAAAGGGCGUUUAGAUGUAGUUUUUGAAUUGUUAGGACAUGGGGCAGAUGUCAAUAUCACAGUUUCUGAUAAUUCACCCCUUAUUGCUGCAUGUACAAACAGACAUUUAGAUGUAGUUCUUGAAUUGUUAAGACAUGAGGCAGAUGUCAAUCUCACAGUUUCUAAUAAUGCUCCACUUAUUUCUGCAUGUUCAGAGGGACAUUUUGGUAUAGUACUUCAGUUGUUGAAACAUGGAGCAGAUGUCAAUAUUACAGUUUCUUAUAAAUCACCUCUUAUUGCUGCUUGCUCGAUACAUUUUUACUUUAUGGAAAAUUUCAUUUUAAAGGGAAACAAUCUGUUAAGACAAGGUGAAUGUGUCAAUACCAGAUAUUUAACGGAUGAAUCUAAAUAUGACGCAUGCUCUAAAGUUCAGUUAGAUAUGAUACACGAACUCUUAAAACAUAAAGCAGAUGUCAAUAUCAAAAACUGUCGAACUUCACCUCUUAUUGCUGCUUGUUCAAAUAGAUAUAUAAAUAUAUCUACUGUACGAGAAUUGAUAGAGCAUGGAGCAGAUGUCAAUCCGACCGUUACGGAAAGCUCACUUUUUAUCACUGAAUGUCAGUCCCCACUCAUCGCUGCAUGUAGAACACGACGUUUUGAUGUAGUACUUGAACUGUUAAAACAUGGAGCUGAUGUCAAUAUAACAGCAUUUCCUAAUUCCCCACUUAUUGCUGCGUGUGAAAAUGGGACUGAGAGUUUAGAUAUCAUAACCGAACUGUUAAAACAUGGAGCUGAUGUCAAUAUGAUAGUUUCUGACAAAUUACCACUUGUUAUUGCAUGUACAGAUGGACAUUUUGAUAUGGUUCGGGGGCUGUUAAAACAUGGAGCAGAAGUCAACGCUAGGGUUAUUAAUAACUCUCCACUUCUUGAGGCAUGUUUAAAAGGACAUC